AUGGAGACGACUAGGCCGAUCCCCAUCCGGGUGAGCUGGCUGAAACCGCGCUCGUCGCCGGUGAACCGGCGGGCGACGGGGACGAUGAUGCGGUCGUACAAGGGGACCCAGACGAUGACGCUGAGGACGUCGAAGAUGGAGAGCGACGCCGCCGGGAUCUUGAAGUGGGGGCCCAUGCUGGGGUCCAAGGUGUUGCCCUGCAGCACGAACAUGGUGCUCAUCUGA